GUAAAUAUAUUCGAUCUCCUUAUACGUUACUAGGCUCCCAUGACGGACUACACUGCCCGGUCGGCGAAACGACAGAGCCGUAUCAUGAAUCGAAUGGCGGCCCUGUCUGUUCUCGGCGUCUGUUCAGUUGGACUAUUGAUGUAUACGUGGUUAUUCCUAGGCGAGCAGCAUGAAUACAUGUAUUUGGAAGACGCACAUUAUCAAGGAAACGAUUUUAAUGAAGAGAUGGAUGAACGCGAAGGGAUGACAAGCUUUACCAUGGACAACAUCGACCGGAACCCGGCUAUACCAAAGGUAGACAAACAAAUGUCAAGCAAAGCUGUUCUAUUAUUUGCAACAAAACGCAGCGGUUCUUCAUUUGUCGGCGAGCUCCUGAACCAAAAUCCAGAGACUAUGUACCUAUUUGAGCCGCUGAGGUCGCUAUCGUUUGACGUAUUAGGUGGCGAUUCUGCCAAUGAUUUGUUCGAGUCUUGGGCUAUCGAGGUUGUUGGAAACUUAUUCAAGUGUGAACUGUCGGAUCAGAUUAUGGCGCCAACACUUCGCGACGACAGAAUGUGCAGAAGUUUAGCUCUUAGGUCAACAUGCAGAUUGCACCACCGUUUUCCUUUUAAUGAAAAAAACGUACAACCUAACCAAAAUAACGACGACCUGUUCGUCGUGUCUGUCGCCAAGCAAUGCAAAAAACACAAAUACCGCGCAAUAAAAACGAUACGGUUAUAUGAUUUGAAAGAACUCGAGGUUCUUGUGACAGAAUCGAAUAUAGAUCUAAAAAUUAUAAUCCUCGUCCGGGACCCUCGCGGAGUCAUGCACUCUAGAUGGAAAUUACAUGGAAAAAAUUUAGAUUAUAUGAGAAAGAACGCGUCGUGGGACGAGACAGAAGACUUAUGUAGGACUUACGCCUCCAACGUCAGAUAUGCUCAAACGUGUCCUGAGUGGUUGAAAAACCGAUAUUUAUUGAUACGAUAUGAGGAUGUAGCACAUCAGCCAUUGGCUAGAGCUAGGGAAAUUUACAACUUUCUUGACAUGUCUAUGCCGCAGAAUAUAGAAGCUUGGAUCCAACAAAAUACACAGAGCACGGGAAACUACCCAAAUGGGGUUACACGUGUUUCCAGUCUAGUUGCUACAAAAUGGCGAGAAGAGCUUCCUUUCGAGCAGAUUUUGAAAAUUCAGGAAAAAUGUCAAGCUUCGAUGAAUUUUCUAGGAUAUAAAAUGGUCACCAAUAUGGCGGCGUUACGAAAUGAAAGUAGCGUACUGGGGCCACCAGUUAAUCCGUUCACAGAAUGUGCCAAUUAA